AUGCAGGCAGAACUCCAGUGUCAUGGCAAAGAUUCUGCACAGCUUGUCAGUGCAUGUUAUGAGGAGCAAGUUCAGAUCAUCUUGUCAGAAUUUGAGAAGUGUUUUACUGACUUUACAUCCAUUAAGCCUGUUGCCAGCUAUCUGUGUUUUCCGUUUGGGGAGGGCAUUGAUGUGGAUUACAUGGCUUCCAAAGUAGCAGCACUGUUUGAACUGGAUAACUCUGCCGUUGAGAGUGAGAUUCUCACACUGCAAAAUGACAUUGAGAUGGAAUCCAGGGCAACACCUGGCAAGAAAGGAGACUUCUGGAACCUUCUGAUGGAACAAAAAUAUCCCAACCUCAGAAGAUGGGCUUUGAACUUGACUGCACUUUUUGGAUCAACUUAUUUGUGUGAGACUGCUUUCUCUCACAUGAAAAUCAUCAAGUCCAAGUACAGAUCCACAAUGACAGACAUUCACCUUGUGGCCUGCCUAAGGUUUGCAACCAGCUCCUACUGCCCUGCCUACGAGAAACUAGCUGCCUCCUCCUAA